AUGGGGCGGGGAUCUUGGUUAAAGGCUCAGCCCAAGUCCAGUAUCUGUCAGGAGGAGGAGGGGAGUAAGUUAAAAAGAACAGAAAGGGGCUUCUGCUUCCUGCCUUGAGCCACUUAAGGAGAAUCUCAUUGGAUCCUGCUGCCGGAAUGGUCCGGGCCGGGUAGGGACAGCAUAAGGCAGCCCUGGUUCCGGCCAGACAGGGACAGGGCAGUUUUUUAUCCACUUCUCCACAGUCUGAGCGGCAUUAUUAAUGAUGGGACCUUUGGGCCCUUUAGUUUGCGAGAGCACAUGUGUAUUCAUUUAUGUAUCUCUGUAUACGUGUGUAUUCUUUCUUCCUGGAGUCAUUGCCCGGCAGACUUUGGGGAACGUCAGGUAGGAUCCUUCUGCAAAAAAAAGCAUGAAAAAUGAAAAAAGGGACAUUUGUUUUGGGGAGUGAAGCUGAGCUAAGGAAGAGGCAGCUUCCACUCCCGGAGGCCUCCAGCCUCCAGCUUUCUACCUGACCCAAGAAAAGACUUCUUUCUCAAUGGCCUGAUUAGCAUUUGUUAAGGGCUGUUCCUUGGCUGGUUUGGUGGGAUGGGAUGCAGGGAGAGCCCAGAGCUCAGAUGAGUUCCUAUAACCUUUCCUGAGCCCUCUGAAUUUUCACUUUGUCAUCUGGGGCUGGGAGAAGUUGGCCAGGAAACGUUUAGUUCCUGUCUAAGGGCAUCAGGCUUUAAGGUCUAGAAUUACGAGACAAAAUGGAGUCAAUUUGGUUUCCCAGAUUCCCCUAUGGCCGGUCUAUGAGGUGGGAGCUCUUUUUAUGUUAUUUCCCAGUUGAGGAAAGUGAGGUGGACCGUGAUUAAGUGUCUUGCCCAGGGUCACACGGCUAGCAAGUGUGCGAGGCCAUAUUUGAAUGUGGAUCUUCCUGAUUCCAGGUUUCUGUUCCCUGAGUCGUGAGAUUCCCGUACCAAGGGACGGGUGUGGGGAGGAUGGGAAAAUCCUCUUCUUUCCCCACAAGAAAAAGGGGCUGAAGUUUUUCUAGAAGGGACCAAAAGGACUUCCAGGCAGCUGCAUGGGGCAAGCUGUUGAAAGGAUACAUACACUUAAAACCUCUGCCUUUGUUUCCUUCUCUGUAAGAACGGUGAUAUAGGAACAUACCUAAAAACUAUUUUUGAGGAUAAAUCAAUCACUACUCGCAGGCCUGCUAGGUACCAGACACUGUGCUGAUCCCCGGAGUUGGGGGGAGCAAAAGACAGCCCCUGUGCUCAAGGAGCUUGGGCUCUUUUGGGAUGAAAGGCAUGUAAACAAAUGUGUGCAAAGUAAUGACUGGGCAGGGUAAAUAAACAAUUAACUGAAGGAAAACCGGGAGAAUUAAGGAGGAUUAAGAAUUAAGAAGGCUUCUCCGGAAGGUGGGACCUCCAGGAGGCAGAAUGAGGAGGGAGAGCGUUCCAGCCACGUUGGGAAUAGAGAAUGGCUCUGGAGCCCAGAGGAGGCCAGGCUCACUGGAUCCAAGAGACCCAGGGGUGGGAAGAAAGGCAUAAGAAGGCUGAAAAAGAGGGUGAUAUGUAGCUGAUGAGGGGCUGGAUGGAGGAAGCCUUUGUGCCCGAGCCUGGAGCCACCGGAGUUUCCGGAGCUGGGGAGUAAUGGGGAGGGCCCGAAAUCAGGCUCUUCCUUCUGUUGGCCCAAUGGGGAAUGCCUGGGAGUGAGGAGUUUCCUGAAGCAGACUGACCCCCCAGCCGCUGUAAGAGUCCAGGGUGAGGUGAUGGGGGCCUGCACCAAGCCGGCUGCAGUGUCAGCACAGAAGGGGAGAACUGGGGAGGUUGUGUAAAAGUAACCUGGCCGUUGUUGGAUAAGGGGGAGAUAUGGGAGUCAAGGCCGACCCCUGGGCUAAGAGUUUGGGGUACUGGGAGGAUGUGUUGUCCAGAUGGGAGGGUGACUUUAGGGGGAAAGAUGAUGAGUUGCAUUUUACAUAAAUUCAGUUUAAGAUGUCUAUUAGAUGUUCUUUCAAGAUGUCUGAAAGGAAAGUGGGAGGAGAGGUAGCUCAGUUUCUCGCCCUCAAUUUUCAAGACAAAAGAAGAGACAAGAUGUUUAGAUGAGAGUGUUUGGGUCAUCAAGGAUCAAUAAGCAUUUAAGCACCUACUGUGUGCCAGACAUUUUCCUAAUCCCUGGGAAUUCAGAUACAGAAAGUGACAGUUUUCUUCAGGAGUUUAGGCUGUAAAUGAGGAAGUCAGCCCAGAACACAAAGCUGAAAAGGGGAGAUUGGGGAAUGGGAGCUCCUGCGUGGGUGGAAAAUUGGAUCAGAAGUCCCAGAGUGCUCUCCUCAGACGAUGUGGAGGCGAGGGAGGGAGCCAAGGCUGAAGAGACCUUACAGGAUGAGUAAGAAAAAUCAGGGAGAGAGGUGAGCUGAAUUCCUUAUGGGCUCAUCAUCCCAUGGGUGAAGGAAGGAUGUGGGAGGUAGAGAAAAGGAGUUUGGGAGUGACUUCUAUUGGGAGUAAUUUAGAGAAUUAGAGAGCAAUUUUUAAUCAGCAAAAGAUGAUUGCCUAUACUAAGAAUAAUACUCCGAAGUGAAGGGUCGUGACUCAUGACACUUUAAGUAAAGGAAAGGUUUGUAACUUCACGGGGAGCUCCAAAAGUGGAAAAAAAACCCAAUCAAUUCUCUGAUUGUUCAGAAAUUCAGCAAUAGUGAUAAAGGAAGUUAAGGAUUAAAUAUGGGGCAUAAUAAGUGCUUAAAUGGUCCCUGGGGACAUUCGGAAAUGUCACAGGGGAUAGAGCACCUGCUCUGGUGGCAGGAGGCCAUGAGUCUGGUCUCAGUGACUGUGUGACCCUAGUCAAGGCACCUCAUAAGCUGCUUUCCUUCAGUUCCUGACAUAUAAAAUGAGUUGGAAAAGGAAGAAUGGCAAGAAAAUGCCAAGAAAAUCCCACAUGUGGGCACAGAGUCAGAUGCAACUGAACAACAUAAAUCAGAUAAUUUCAAAUAAAUCCAAAUGAGGAAAAAGUGAAAAGAGAAUUUUACCCACAUUAUAGAGAAUAGUAAAAAUAAAACUAAGUAAUAGAAUUAUUGACUAAGAGGGCAAGGGGCAAGAGAUAGGAGUCCAGAAUUUUAUCUACGUUAUAGAGAAUGGUAAAAAUAGAACCAAGUAAUAGAGUUAUUGACUAAAGGGGCAAGAGGUAAGGUUAUGAGUUUGAGGGACUCCAAAAUAAUCGAAUCUCUGAAAAAGUGAAUUGUAUCAUUCUAUUAGAAAUGGAAGAGAACAAAAUGGAAGAGCAUCAAACACCAAGUGCAGUGGCCAAACACGUGUUCCACAUGUAAUAGGUUGAAAAGAUGGAUGACCCCUCCCAAGUAUCCAAGGAUUUGCAAAUGUGGCCCACUCUUGUCUUUCAGUUAAUUCUAUUAAUUCUUUUUCUUGGUGCCCAAUGUUCUAGAGGUCUAGGGAUUUUUUAAAAGAGAAUUUGUUGCUCAUACAUGUCCUGUCCCUAGCAUAGUUCCUCAUUUCUAUGUAUUAAAUAUAUUACUAUAAAUAACUAAAUGUAAAAAUUAGGGAUUAGAUGCCAUAAGCAAAUGAAAGUUACCAUCAAGCAAAGACAGAAGCUGUUUUGCCUUUGGCAUAUUAUACCUAGUGUUGCUUCAAGCCCUCAAUAAAACAACAGAUCGGUCUUCUUCACUUGGCUGGAAACCGUUCCACACCAUCUAGUUCAGCCCAGAUUAAGAGUACUAUCUCUUAAGAAUUCUUUUCAGACUUUCAUCUAGUUGUGACUGUUUCAGCCUUUUAGGCAAUUAGUUCGAUAAUUGCUUUUUCUUUGCUUUCUCUUUAAUGAUCAUGGAUUACAGUUUCUCCCCAGCUUGCCAGCUUCUUACAGAUUCUUCUUCAAAUUUUCUUUCACUUAAGACACUUCCAAUGAGGAAUUUGAUGUCAUCUUCUCUCUUUUUCUUCCAAAAUUCCUGGAGUUCACCGAUAGGGCACAGACCUCCUCCAUGAUUUCAUAGGGAGAAACACUCCGUAGGAAGAUAUUUCUUCAAUUUUUAUUAUCCCAAAGUGAUUUUCAUUUCAAAUGUAAAAUGCUUUUUUCAGUAUUUCAUUGGGGCACUCAGUGACUCUGUUUUCAAAUGUUGCUUCUGACACAUAAAGGUUCUAAGAGUUUUGGACAAAUCCCUUCUGUGCUUCAGUUUCCUCCUGUAAGUUGAUGCGUUUUGAAGUCUCAGCUCUAAAUCUUGUGACAUUUGAUGGUUUAGGACUUGGUGACAUUUAAGGAUGUGGCUGUGGACUUCACCCAGGAAGAAUGGUGCCUCUUGGACCAUUCUCAGAAAGAGCUGUACAAGGAGGUUAUGCUGGAGAAUGUCCAGAACCUGCUGUUCCUGGGGCUUCCAGGUGCCAGAGAAGAUUUGAUCUCCCAUUUCCAGGAAGGGGGAACACCAUGGAUUCUGGGGGGGAAAGGCCCAAGGAACUUUUGUCCAGAUUCAGUGGCCAGCUUUGAAGUGAAUGAGAUCCCUGCAAACCUGAGCAUUUCUGUUGGAGAAUCUGGCCAGCAGAGAUUGAUGAGUAUUGGUCCCUGUGACUUCAGUUUUAUAGAAAUCUCUGACUCUGAUAUCAAGGUAGAUAAAAAUCCAAAGAAUCCCUGUGAAUUUGAUGAAGUUGGAAAGAGUUUGACACAAUAUUCGGUCGUAAAUCAAUGUAAGACAUUGACCCCAAGGAAUGACUGUUUUCAGUACGGUAUAUAUAGAGAAUGCUUUACUGAACAGGUAGAGCUUAUUCAGUCUCAUGAGAAUCUUCCUGAAAUGCAAAUCUAUCAAGGUAGUCAAUGGAAAAAGCCCUUGGGCUUGAAUUCCGACCCGGUUAAACAUCAGAAACGUUAUACUGGCAAAAAGCUUCAUGUAGGCAAUGAAGGAAGAAAGACCUUUAGCCAGAACCCUAAGAUCAUCAAUCAUCAGAAGAAUCACAUUCGAAAGAAAUCUCAUGACAGUAAUGAGGAAGCCACAACAACCUUCUCAUCUCUUCCUUACCAUCCUACUUUUCCUCCUGGAAUGAAAACAUUUGCCUGUAAUCAGUGUGGGAAGAGCUUUUAUUGGAACCCAGAUCUUGUUAGACAUCAGAAGAUUCAUACUGAAAAAAAGCCUUAUAAAUGUAACGAAUGUGGGAAGAGCUUCAGCUACAAAUCCCUCCUUAUUAGCCAUCAGAGAGUUCAUACAGGGGAGAAACCUUAUGUGUGUAAUCAGUGUGGGAAGGCCUUCCACUACCGAGCGCUCCUCAUUGGUCAUCUGAGAAUUCACAGUGGAGAGAGACCCUAUAAAUGUAUCCAUUGUGGAAAAGCUUUCCAAAGCAGCUCUCGCCUUUCUUCCCAUCAGAGAAUCCACACUGGAGAGAAACCAUAUGAAUGUAGUCAGUGUGGAAAGGCCUUCACCCAGAGCUCCCAUCUCGGUGCCCAUCAGAGAAUUCACACCGGGGAGAAACCUUACGAAUGUACUCAGUGUAGAAAAGCUUUCAGAUUCCGUUCUGGUCUUGCCUCCCAUCAGAGAAUCCACACUGGAGAGAAACCUUUUGAAUGUAAUCAGUGUGGAAAGGCUUUCCAAAGCAGCUCCCGUCUCGCUUCCCAUCAGAGAAUCCACACUGGAGAGAAGCCUUAUGAAUGUCAUCAGUGUGGGAAGGCUUUCACCCAGAGUUCCCAUCUUGGUACACAUCAGAGAAUCCACAGUGGAGAGAAGCCUUAUGAAUGCAAUCAGUGUGGAAAGGCUUUCAGGUUCCGUUCUGGUCUUGCUACACAUCAGAGAAUGCACACAGGAGAGAAACCUUAUAAAUGUAAUCAGUGUGGAAAGGCUUUCCAGUGCAGCUCCAGUCUUGCUAAACAUGUAAGAGUUCACACUGGAGAGAGACCUUAUAAAUGCAAUCAGUGUGGAAAGGCUUUCCGAUGCAGCUCCAGUCUUGCUGCUCAUCAGAGAAUCCACACUAUAGCAAAACCUUAUGAAUGUAAUCAGUGUGGAAAGGGUUUCAAAAAGAGUUCCAAACUUGAUAUCCAUCAGAGAAUCCACACUGGAGAGAAACCUUACGAAUGCGAUCAAUGUGGAAAAUCUUUUAAAUACAGCUCCCAUCUUGCUGCUCACCAGAGAAUACACACAGGAGAGAAACCUUUUGAAUGUAGUCAUUGUGGAAAGGCUUUCCAAAGCAGUUCCAGUCUUACUAUACAUCAGAGAAUCCACACCGGAGAGAAACCUUACGAAUGUAAUCAGUGUGGAAAGGCUUUCCAGUGUAACUCCAAUCUUGCUGCGCAUCUGAGAAUCCACACUGGAGAGAAACCUUAUAAAUGUAAUCAGUGUGGAAAAGCUUUCAGAUAUCGCUCUGGUCUUGCUGUCCAUCAGAGAAUCCACACUAGAGAGAAACCUUAUUAAUGUAAUCAUUCUAAAAAGACUUUUCCUUUGAGUUUCAGUCUUGCUUGCAUUAGAGAGUACACACUGAAGAGAAAUUUUAGGAAUAUAACCAGUGUUGUAAAGCCUUCAGGUAACUGUCAUCCCAUAUUUCCCAUCAGUGAAUUUAUAGUCGAUAGAAAUCUUUUCACUAUAAUGAAUGAGGAAAGGCACUGAAAUGAAAAUUAGAGCGUGUUCAAAAAUGAGAACAAAGCCUUCUGAGGAGAAGUGCUGUAUGGACUCAGACCGGAGAUUAUCUCUUCCUUUACAUCAGAGGAUUCCUGAUGGAGAGAUGACUCGUGAAUAUCGUCAAGGAAAGCAAGCUUUUCUCCGGAAGACCAGAAGACCGCAGAAUAUUCACAGUGAAAUGAAGGUGUCUAAAAACAUUGAUUGUGGAAAGGCGUUUCUUCUCUUAGAGUUGAUACUUGACUGUACUUUGGGAAAGAAAUCAUGUUAGAGAUAAAAUUUAUAUAUCUAAUUAACAAGAGAACAUUUCUUGCUGCAGCACAGACUUCUUCAGACCUCCCAAAAUAAGAGACCUCAUUAAACAUCCCAAAUUUCAUACUGUGAAUAAAGCCCUAUAAAUGUAGUGAAUUUUUCUCUGAAACCCUGAUGUUUGUCACUACUUCUCAAUAGUUCGUGGCAUUCAUGUACUGUAGCUUUUUUGGCCAUUUACCAAUUAAUUGGACUUCACUAUGUUUCCUGUUUGUUGGCACAAAAAGUCCUCAUGUAAACAUUUUGCUGACUGUUAGACAUUUAUUUCUAUAACAUUUUCUUUAAGCUGCUUGGGGGCACGCUAGCUAUAGACCUGGGUCUGGAGCCUGUAGACCUGAUUUCAGAUUGCUUCUGACACUUACUAGUUGCGUGAACCUGGGCAAGUCCCUCAACCUGUUCCUCCCUGAAUUUCCCCAUUUGUAAAAUGGCGAUAAGAACAUCUACCUCUUAAAGGUUGAUGGGAAGACUGAAUAAGACACUAUUUGUAAAAUGCUUUGCAAGAUAAAUUGCUAUGGAAAUGCUAGCUUUUUAAUGAUUAUUAAUACUUGGGUCACGUCUCAUAGCAGUCAGUUAAACAUGGACCAUUUAGUCACUUCCUUUAAUGCAAAUUGACAUUCAUAGCAGAGCAGUGAAAGGCAUUAAUUGUGAUAUAUAGCACACUAGGCUUAGAAUCAGAUGCUCCCUGGCUCUAUAACUCUGGGCGAGGAAUGACCUCUCUGUGCCUUACUUUAUUCGUCUCUAAAAUGGGAUUGGUCCCAGCUUCUAUAGCCCCUUCCAAUUCUAAAGAUGUGUUCUCAUCUCAAGUACAAUUAUAUGUGUCUUUCCCACAGCCUCUUCCCAUAUCCCAGGAGGAGGUGCAGGACCAAAUCAGAAAGUGUACAAGAAUGCAAUAAUCAUCCAAACUAUCCUUUCCUGCUUAGAAAUAAAGAUCUUGAGAAAUUGAUCAGGCGUGUAAUAUCCAGAAGAAGAUGAAUAUAGUAACUUUAUGCUUGAUUAAAGAUCCUUACUAUUGGGCUAGGACUUACCGACCCCUACAGAAUGCUGGGAACACUGGAAAGUAGUUUGGCAGAAAAUAGAUAUGGAUUUUCCGUAGAACAGAAGGAAAGCUAGAAGCAAAGAGGACUGCUCCAAAAGUAUGUUGAAUUUUCAAAUUACUCAAUUGGCAAAUCAAGCUAUCCAUAUUAGAAAUUGUUUAACGUGCAGCCUUCCCCUCCCCUUCCCCCAUUGGAUGGCAUCGAAAAUGUUCAUUUUUUUUCAUGUUUGUGAAUUUUAAAAUUAAAAAAAUCAAAUAUU